GCGUGGCGCGGCGGCGGGCCGGGCCGGGCCGGGGCGGGGGCGCGACCGGCAGCGGGGGGGCGGUGCCCGGCGGGCGGGCGCGGCUCAUCGCGGCACGUGGCCGGCGGCAGCAUGGCGCAGCUCACGGCGCGGUUCCGCACCGAGAACCGCAGGUACGCCGUGGAGGAUGUGCCCUUCUCGGUGCCCGCGGCCUCUGAGACCGCUGACCUCAGCCACCUCAUCAACAAGCUGCUGGCGGCCGGCGACGCGGAUCACAAGUAUGUGGAAUUUGACUUCCUUAUCAAUGGCCAGUUCUUGCGUAUGCCGCUGGGCACGCACAUUGAAAUGGAAAAUAUCUCCACGGAAGAAGUGGUGGAAAUAGAGUAUGUGGAGAAAUACAUGGCCCCUCAGCCAGAGGAGUGCAUCUUCCACGAUGACUGGAUCAGUUCUGUUCGAGCCACUGAAGAAUGGAUAUUAACUGGCUGCUAUGAUCAGACUGCUCGAAUUUGGUCUUUGGAAGGAAAAUGCAUCAUGACAAUAGCUGGGCAUACAGAAGUAGUGAAGGACGUGGCAUGGGUGAAGCAAGAUAGUUUAUCAUGCCUGUUACUCAGUGCUUCUAUGGACCAAACUGUCCUGCUAUGGGAAUGGAAUGUGGAGAAAAACAAAGUGAAAGCCCUUCACUGCUGCAGGGGACACGCUGGGAGUGUAGACUCUGUAGCUGUUGAUAGCACAAGAACUAAAUUCUGCAGUGGAUCUUGGGAUAAGAUGUUAAAGAUCUGGUCUGCAGUACCUACAGAUGAAGAGGAUGAAAUGGAAGAAGCAGCUAACAGACCACGGAAGAAGCAGAAAACUGAACAGCUGGGACUAACAAGGACUCCCCUUGCAACCCUCUCUGGCCACACAGAAGCCAUCUCCUCUGUGCUGUGGUCAGAUGCUGAAGAAAUUUGCAGUGCAUCAUGGGACCACACUAUUAAACUCUGGGAUGCUGAGACUGGAGAUCUCAAAUCAACUUUGACAGGAAACAAAGUGUUUAAUUCCAUCUCCUACUCACCACUGUGUCGACGCCUCGCAUCUGGGAGCACUGACAGACACAUUAGGCUAUGGGAUCCUCGCAGCAAAGAUGGUUCCUUGGUUCUCCUGUCUCUCACAUCUCACACAGGCUGGGUGACAUCUGUGAAGUGGUCACCUACCCACGAGCUUCAGCUGAUCUCUGGUUCUCUGGACAACAUAGUGAAACUCUGGGACACAAGGAGUUGCAAAGCUCCUCUGUAUGACUUGGCUGCACAUGAAGACAAGGUUUUGUGCGUGGACUGGACAGAAGCAGGGUUGCUGUUGAGUGGAGGUGCAGACAACAAACUGUAUUGCUACAGAUACCCAGCUACAGCCUCUGAUGUUGGAGCAUGAAGGUUAACAGCCAGAAGACUUCUUAAUAAAUUAAAAAAAAAAAGGGGUUUUUUUUUGCAGCAGUCAUUCUGUUAGUGUAGAGAGCUGUUGUUCCUGGUUUUUAUAUUGGUAACCUGUAUUGGUAUUUGUCACAGAAAAAUAGCAACAAGCAGUUAGGAAUGUGAUCAGUGUGAAACAAAGCAAAGGGAGUUUCCUCCCUUUUUGACAGUUUCGAAUUAACAUCUUUUAAGUGACUUUGUAUAGCCCUUUUAAUAAGGAGUAAACUGUUCCUGAUACAGAAAAGUUACUCACUGGACUAAAUUACUUUUUGAGCUUACCUGCUUUCUCUUAAAAAAAAAAAAAAUAAAGCUGUUGUCUACA